AAAUUCAACCUAGGUUGGAAAAAGAAGAUUGCAAUUUUAGGCGACCGUUAUCAAAUUUUAGGUGGAAGCGAAAGGAGGCGAUAGCCAUUAUCCUCCUCCUCCAAUGUUAACUAUGACUAUUCUUAACACUUUAUCCUCGCCUUCUCCUUCUUCCACGGCGGCGACUUCUUCAUCAUCUCAGUCUCAGUUGCCGAGACCUUCUGCAACAUUUCUAUCGACUACUACCUCUGCCACUCCUCUUUCAAGGGAACCAAGAAACAAAAACAAGUUAUUUUCUUCUAUUUUGCCCCUUCUUCGAUGUAGCAGCAGCAGCUUCAGCUUCGGUUCCACCAACCCUUUCCCCAGUUUUAAUGCCGAAACCGAUACGAUAUUACUUUCCUUGUUGCAAGCGAUUGGGUUUGUUGAAGGAGAAAUUGAGCAGUUGAUUUGCUCUAAUCCAGCUUUAAACAUCAUCCCGUUUGAUUCAAUACGUUCUAGGGUUAUCUCUUUGCAGCAGCUUGGCAUCGACGGGCUUCUUCUUUCUCGGCUGAUAUCCAAGCGUCCGCAUAUAUUGACAGCCGAAGAAAUCGAUUCUGUAAUCCAUUUUAUUAGACGGGUUGAUUUGGAAAGAAGAAUCGAUCCCACACAGAUUGAGCGUCUACUAUACACUACAGAGCCAAGAUUGUUAGUGGGUUUUGAGGAGAAAGUUAAAUUGCUUCUCCAACAUGGGAUUCCUAAAGAAAAACUAAUCCAUGUCCUCAACAAUGCCAAUCUUUCCAAGGCGUUUUGUCUCAAAUCAUCUGAAGAAAUUGAGAGAACAAUCAUAUACUUGAAUCGUUAUGGUGGAGCUGAUUUAGUUGUCCACCGUCCUUCUGUUCUUAACUAUGACCUAGAAAGUCAGCUAGUCCCCAGGAUUGGUUUUCUAACCAAGCUUAGUGGAGGAGACAAUACCGCAACUUCGAUUGUUCUUCACAAGCUUCCCGCGAUAUUGGCCUACACUGAUAAUCAUUUGAAGGAACAUGUUGAUUUCUUGAUGUCAUUUGCUGGCCUGAGUGAAGAAGAGGUUUUCAGAAUUGUUCUUAUCUAUCCAAAUGUGUUCAGUGCUAGCAGAAAGAGGAAAUUGCAUCCAAGAAUAGAUUUUCUCAAACAAUGUGGGCUGAAUUCAAAUGAGAUUUAUAAAUUCUUGAUCAAAGCACCUCUCUUUCUUAGUCUUUCGUUUGAAGAUAAUAUCUCGUUUAAACUUGUGUUUCUGUUGAAGAUUGGUUACGAGAGUAAAACAAAGGAAUUGGCCAUGGCAUUGGGAGCUGUAACGAGAACCAGCUGCAAGAAUUUGCAAGGGACAAUCGGUGUGUUCCUAAAUUCGGGUCUAUCUUGUGAUGACAUACUUUCGAUGAGUAAGAAACAUCCGCAGGUACUGCAAUACAAUCACGAAUCGUUAGAGGAGAAAAUUGAUUAUUUGUUGGAGGAUAUGGGUCGAGAAGUAAGAGAAUUGCUGGCAUUUCCUGCGUUUCUUGGUUAUAAGCUUGAAAGCAGAAUUAAACAUAGGUAUGAAGUAAAAAGGGAAACCUUGGGAGAAGGUAUGUCACUUAACAAGCUCUUGAGUGAAUCUGCUGAAAGAUUCUCAAUGAAGGAGGAUAAGAAGAAGAAGAGGACGAUUACAAAAACAGCCACCGCCUUGUGAUUCUCAACAAUAUGGUUCUAAACCCUAAAAGGCAUACAUAUAAUAGAGAGCUGUUUAUGUUGUUGAUCCCCACAAGAAGCAACAACAACGUUACCAUUCUAGGGUGUAUAAACUUGUACAUGUUUAGAACCAUAAUCUUUGAUGUUUUGGUGGUAAAGCUCAUUCAUGUGGCCUUGUUCAUCACUCUUGCAAAUACAUGUAUGAGAAAAUUCUUAAUAAUACUGCUCUGAAUUUUUGUCU